AUGGUUGGCGCCACCCUGGCACCCAUAGGACCAGGUGUCGCCAUAGGCCGAGUGUCACACCUCUCACAUGAUGAGCUUGCCCGACAACAGGACGUGCAACGAUGGGUGUCCUGUGACAAUGAGGGCUGCACGACGUUGAACCUUGCCGGCAAGUCUUGUCCUGGGCAGCAAGCAGACAUCAAGCCCGACCUGCACUGGUUGUUGGUAACAAAACCCGACGGCAAGGGCUACGAACUACAGCCGAUUAGUGUCUGGUUCAACUUCGAAAGGCCUGUGGCAUUCGAAGAAGGCCUCGACGACUUAGAGGACGAGGCGGCAGCGGAGAAGCUGGACUCCAGCAGCAAGAAGAGAAAGUCGGAGCACCUCGGCGAGGAGGGCAUCAAGCGGGAUGCCUGGCUGCGGCGGCACAUCGAUGGCCGCUGGCAGGGCAUGCUGGAGCGCCGUGCUGUCCAAACAGGGCGCUGGCUCGACGCUGCCACAGGAAGCUCGCGGAUACGUGAGCAGAUCCUAAGCGACUUCCACUACAGUUCAGAUGGACUGGGGCCUCAAGUUCUGAGCAUCCUGAAGUCUGUCAACAAGGACCUCAGUGUCUCGCGCUGCCUCAGAGAGCUGGAAGGGCUGGAGCAAAUGUCGUUUCAGCAGAAGCAGCAAGUUCGCACGGACCUGCUGCAGCACCCGGCACAGUUGAUGCAGAUGGACUGGGACACUGAGGGCAGCAUACUCAAGUCGGUGGCCGAGCACCUGAAGGAGAAGCGCCUGGAGAAUCGGAAGAUGAACGCUAGAAAGCGAGCAAAAGCCAAGAAGGGGGAGGAUGUUGAGGAGGUGCCUGAGACGGCCAACACCCUGAAGCAGCUCAAAUCUGAAACAGGCGAAGCCUUAUGGGACUUUGAAGCUGCUGACGAGUUCUCCGACGACCAGGAGGAGGACGUCGAGGAGAAGCAUCGCGAGCUUGUAAUACCAGAUCGUCAGGUCUUGGCGCCUGAAGAAGGGGCGACCGACAGCGAGGACGAGGGCAACAUGAUGAGCAAACAUGGGCAAGAUCUACAGGUGCUGCUGAACAGGCAGAAAGACCCGGAGGACCAGGAUGAAGACUCGCAGGAUGAUCAAAUCCCGGCAAGUGCCAAGCUUCGAAAUCUCAGAUCGCACCCCACCAAAGGCGGUGCGAAGCCACGUGCUUGA